GCAAGCAUCACAGUAGCCGCACUUGUUGGACUUGGGUCGAUGCAUCAUUGUGACAGCGAUCCAAACUUCGCGGUGCCCCCACCGUCACCAACGAGUCCACCAAUGUCGCCUCGGGUGCAUGUGCACAGCGGGGAGCAGGGCAUCGCGCAGCUGUUGGACCGCAACCGCGCGUGGGCUGAAAAGAUGCUGGCGCGAGACCCCGACUUCUUCACGCGCCUCGCAAUACAGCAGAGCCCCGAGAUCUUAUGGAUCGGAUGCUCGGACUCGCGCGUGCCAGCCAACGAAAUCCUGAACCUGUCUCCCGGUGAAGUAUUUGUGCAUCGCAACAUUGCCAACCAAGUGAUCAGCACAGACAUGAAUUGCUUGUCGGUGAUCGAAUACGCUGUCAAGUAUCUCAAGGUCCGCCACAUCAUCGUCUGUGGUCAUUACGGCUGCGGUGGCGUCAACGCCGCCCUCUCGCAAGAAGAAUUUGGGCUCGUGGACAACUGGCUGCGAAGCAUCAAGGACUUGUACAUUGAGAACGCUCGCAAGUUUGAGCGUGCGUUUAAUUUCACUAAGUCCAUCGGGGUUUACUAUAAUAUAUAUAUAUAUAUCCCAUGGCUGUAGACAUGACAGAUACAUCGACCAAGGCGGACCUCCUCACGGAAGAAAACGUGGCACGCUCCGUGUACAAUGUAUGCCACUCUCGCAUCGUGCAAAAUGCAUGGGAAAAUGGCCACACGUUGAGCGUGCACGGGUUGUGCUACCGGUUGCAAGAUGGGAUCAUCCGAGACCUUCAGAUCUGCAUUUCGGGCGAAGAUCAAGUGGAAGCCAUCUAUAGACGCAUGAUGACCAAAUCGACGCCAGAAGUGUAACUAUCACACAAGCGAUAGACUGCGUGUAAAUUGAAGUCUAUUAUUCGACUGUUCAUGAAGG